AGAUGAUGAAGACAUGACACAAGAUGGACAGGGAUGAUAAUUGGGCCUCCAAGAACAAUUUAUGAAAACCAAAUAUACAGCCUUAAAAUAGAAUGUGGACCUAAAUACCCACUAGCACCCCCCUUUGUAAGAUUUGUAACAAAAAUUAAUGUAAAUGGAGUUAAUAGUUCUAAUGGAGUGGUGGACCCAAGAGCCAUAUCAGUGCUAGCAAAAUGGCAGAAUUCAUAUAGCAUCAAAGUUGUCCUGCAAGAGCUUCAGUGCCUAUUGAUGUCUAAAGAAAAUAUGAAACUCCCUCAGCCACCGGAAGGACAGUGUUACAGCAAUUAAUCAAAAAGAAAAACCACAGGCCCUUCCGCUUCCCCCCGCC